CUCAUCACGUAUUAUGUGGGCCCGUUAUAUAUUUAGAAGACGCAUUAGUGCCGUACGAACUUUAGUGAGCGAUACGUCAAAGAAGAAAUAUUACUCGCCUUUUUUUAAAAAUGAUAAGCAAAAGUUACAUUUUUGCUCGGGGCAAGUCAGUCAUUACUAACGCAGUCAUAAAAGGGGAUAGUAAUACAUGGAAAAAAUGUUUAACGACUGCAACGUGUGUUGAGCCGAAGGGUCCGAGUGUAAAGACACAAAUUCCUGGACCCGCAUCACGACAUUUGAAAGAAGAACUCGAUAAAUUUCAGCAAGCAGCAACAGUCCAAUUGUUCGCGGAUUAUGACAAAUCAUCAGGUAAUUACAUGGUGGACGUUGAUGGGAACACAUUGCUGGAUGUCUACAUGCAAAUAUCAUCAGUACCACUGGGUUACAACCAUCCCGCGAUGCUGGAAGCUCUCUCAGAUCCCCACAAUCAAAGAACAAUCGUUAAUAGACCAGCUCUUGGCGUUUAUCCAGGUGCCGACUGGCCAAACAAACUCAAGCACGUGCUGCUCAGGCCUGGAGUCGCUCCCCCAGGUCUUGGAAAUAUUACGACAAUGAUGUGCGGCUCUUGUUCCAAUGAAAAUGCAUUUAAAAAUAUAUUUAUGUGGUACGCUGAGAAAAACCGUCAUGGUAAAUCUUUUUCUCAAGAUGAAAUAGAAUCUUGUAUGAUCAAUCAAGCUCCUGGAUCACCAAAGUACUCAAUAAUGUCAUUUAAAGGAGCAUUCCAUGGAAGAACUCUCGGUUGUUUAUCAACAACACACAGCAAAUAUAUUCAUAAAAUAGAUGUACCUGCAUUUGAUUGGCCAAUUGCUAGUUUUCCGGCUUACAAAUAUCCAUUGGAAGACAACGUUAGUGCUAAUGCUGCUGAAGACAAACGUUGUCUAGCUGAGAUUGAAGAUUUAAUAGUCAAGUUUGACAAGGAAAAAAAUGUACCAGUUGCUGGUGUUGUUAUCGAACCGAUACAAGCAGAAGGUGGUGACAAUCAUGCAUCACCAGAAUUCUUUCAGCAACUAAGACAAUUGACUAAGAAAUAUGGAAUAGCAUUGCUUAUUGAUGAAGUACAAACUGGUGGUGGUCCGACUGGUAAAAUGUGGUGUCAUGAACACUUUAAUCUUUCAUCUCCACCAGAUGCUGUUACGUUUAGUAAAAAAAUGCAAAUGGGUGGUUAUUAUCAUACUGCUGAUUUAAGACCUAGUCAAGGAUACCGAGUCUUCAAUACAUGGAUGGGUGAUCCAAGUAAACUAAUUAUGUUGGAAGCGAUUCUUAAUGUUAUGCAGAGAGAUAAUUUAUUGGAAAAAGUAUCAAAAGUAGGCGAGUACACGCUGGAUAAUUUAAAAAAAAUGGAAAAAGAAUUCUCGACUGUUAUUAAUUCAACUAGAGGUCGGGGUACUUUUAUUGCUUUCAAUGGAGCAAGUCCUAAAAUACGUGAUCAGAUUGUCAGCAAACUCCUCGCUAAAGGAAUUCAAGCCGGCGGUUGUGGUGCCGAUGCCGUUAGAUUGAGACCGGCUUUGACAUUCGAUCGGCAUCAUGCUGAUAUAUUUUUAGACACACUUCGUAAAGUUCUUAAGGAAUAAAUAAAUAUAUGAAAAAUACACUGUAAAAAAUCGGGAGUGAAUUCGGAGUGAUUAUGAAUUUUAUUACCCGUCAGCACUUCUGUUAAUAUUUGAAAUUUUAUCUAUUUUCAGAUUCCGCUUAAAAAAAUUUGUUUAGUUGUCAGAAAUUAUAAAAAAAUUUUUUUUUAUGCUCAAAAAAUAUGAGCAUUUUUCUCAUCCGGACGUAAAGGCGUAAGUAAAAAAAUUGAUGUUCGGUUAUUCUUGUAACUGGUCGUAUAUCUGCAGUCUGCGGUAUCCGGAGUUCGAUUGAAUUCGUUAAAGUUAAAUUACGUUUAUUAAUCGUAAAUAAAUUCAAAUUAUUAUUUAUUUGUUUGUUAUUAUUCUCAUAAUUUAAAAUUUUAAAUGCUGACGAGUCACUUGGUUCCGGAGUUUUAGAAAAAAUUACUCUGCUACGGAGUAAAUACGGAAUUUUUUCAGGGGAGUGAUUUCGGAGUCUGGAUUUUUUAAAUCUGCAUUUACUCUGAUUCAGAGUUCCAAUAUUAAAAUAAACUUCUCUUUGGAGUAAAUUUUACUCCAAGAGAAUCAAAUAAAUAAACAGCUCCGCAUUUACUCCGGAUAUAAUCCGCGUUCACUCUGCAAUUUUUUACAGUGUAAUCAUAAUAAUAAUUCAAAGCACAAUAAUCUUCAGUCUUCCAAAACUAUAAAAUAAAAUAUUAAAAUAAUUUUUAAAUAUUUUUGUAUCAACA